UGCGCAGGAGCUGCGUUUACGCGCCUUUGAGUUUUGCCCUAAAAACACUACGGAAGCCGCGUGGUUCCGAUUGCUCGGUUUGUUUCGCUUCCUCUCCGUCAGGUUCCUCCCCGGCCCGAGCACGGAGUCAAGUUGAAAACACUCGGGGAGAGAAAAGAAGGCAAACUGUAGCGUGAUAAAAGACGGCUUCGUUUUUCGCACCCGCGAGGACUGUCGUGAAAUCUCAGCGUCAAAUCGGGGCUUUAAACGGACUGAAAACAAACAGACACGGGGCGGAGUUUCGGUAGUUUUGGCCGGAGUGCGGUUGAGUUUUGCGGUUGAGAGCAACCGGUCGAGGUGAGUGUAGAUGUGUGACAGCGGAGUGUGUGAGGAUAAGCCCCCCGCCCCCCCUGUCAGGAUGAGCAGCCAAGGAGGAGUCAAAGACGCCCAAUCGACCAAUCACAACUCUCGGCCACUUCCGUCUGCACCAGAGGAGAAGAAGCCUAGAAACAAGAUCAUCUCCAUCUUUGGAGAGAAAGCAGGCAAGAAAAAGGACCGGGAUAAGGACAGACCUGAAAUCUCCUCCCCAUCAGACUUUGAACACACCAUCCAUGUGGGUUUUGAUGCUGUUACUGGAGAAUUCACGGGCAUGCCAGAGCAGUGGGCCCGUCUCCUUCAAACUUCCAACAUCAGUAAAUCAGAACAGAAACAAAAUCCUCAGGCCGUCCUUGAUGUUCUCAAGUUCUUCGACUCCACCAGUGGAAAACAGAAAUACCUCAGUUUUUCUGGCGCGGACAAAGGAUCACAGUCGCCAGGCAAGCAGGGUACUGCAACCUCCCCAUCAGGCAAGGAUGACGACGACGACGAUGAAGUUGAUUCGCCGCCACCAAUCGUGGCACCACGGCCAGAACACACGAAAUCAAUGUACACGAAGACAGUUGAACCAAUCCCAGCUCCAGUUGGAAAUGCCACCUCUAAGGCAGCUGACAAGCAGAACAAUACGCCAAGAAAGAUGACUGAUGAUGAAAUCAUGGAAAAACUAAGAACGAUUGUGAGCAUUGGAGAUCCUAAGAAGAAAUACACUCGCUAUGACAAGAUCGGUCAGGGAGCGUCUGGCACAGUUUACACAGCCAUCGAUGUUGCCACAGGGCAAGAGGUUGCCAUCAAACAAAUCAACUUGCAGAAGCAGCCAAAGAAGGAGCUAAUUAUCAAUGAGAUCCUGGUCAUGAAGGAGCUGAAGAACCCCAACAUUGUCAACUUCGUAGACAGUUUCCUUGUUGGAGACGAGCUUUUCGUGGUAAUGGAAUACCUGGCCGGCGGGUCGCUAACCGAUGUCGUGACAGAGACCUGUAUGGAUGAAGCUCAGAUUGCUGCUGUCUGCAGAGAGGUCCUUCAGGCCCUGGAGUUUCUCCAUGCAAACCAGGUCAUCCACAGGGACAUCAAGAGUGACAACGUUCUCCUUGGGAUGGACGGAUCAGUCAAACUCACUGACUUCGGUUUCUGUGCUCAGAUUACCCCAGAGCAGAGCAAGCGCAGCACCAUGGUGGGUACACCCUACUGGAUGGCUCCAGAGGUAGUAACCCGGAAAGCCUAUGGACCCAAAGUGGAUAUUUGGUCUCUGGGGAUUAUGGCCAUAGAGAUGGUGGAGGGAGAGCCUCCAUACCUAAAUGAAAAUCCUCUCAGGGCAUUGUAUUUAAUCGCCACCAAUGGGACCCCUGAGCUACAGAACCCAGAGAAGCUGUCUCCUGUGUUCAGAUCUUUCCUUAACCUUUGUCUGGAGAUGGACGUGGAGAAACGAGGGUCUGGCAGACAGCUGCUGCAGCAUCCAUUCCUGAAGGUGGCGAAGCCUCUAUCCAGCCUCACCCCGCUCAUCCUGGCAGCCAAGGAAGCCAUCAGGAGCAAUCGCUAAAUCCUGGCCUGCAAAGACUCCAAGCCAGCAUCUCCUGCUGGUCCACAUAUGACGACUAUCUGCAGUGUGUUAGUGUUAAUGAUUUUUUCCAAAAGGGCAUAAAAUGCUGCUCCACUCUUCCCCGUGUUUCCACACAGAUAUUUAUCUUACCUUUGUGCCUUGUUCUAAAGCUGCAUAUAGCCAUAAUAUGUUAUCCAUUUGUUUUGUGUUUGUAUGUAUGUGAUGUUGAAACUGGUUAUCUGUGCAUAACCAAUGCAUUAUCAUUGUUAAUUUAGACACCGAGGGCCAUAUUCGUAAAGAAUCUUGGUUUACGACUUGUUCUACUAAAAAGCCCAGAACAGAACAGAGGUGAACCUUACGCUUAAUUAAUAAAAUUGCUAUCUUUACGUUGAUCUUUUUAUUUGUGAACACUGUGUCAGUAAAGUGACAUAUCCUAAUUAAAAUGGAAAAAUAAAUGCCAGGAGCUUCACGUUUAAAUUAUUUUCUUCUCUUUAGAUCUCAGUGUUAUGACAGGAGCACAACAUGGUCUUGUUUAUCAUUCUACCAUGUGACCAUGCAGCUGGUUUCUGUGGUUAUUUCUGCUGUGGUUACACAUGUGCGUUGUGACUAACUGGAUCCAAAACUUUUAAAUGUGACAUUAAAAAUCAUGGUGUGCUAAAACUGUGCCCGAGGAUGGGACAAUGCAGUCUUUAUGGAGUGAAAAACAAGGCCAGUGUACUGUAUCUGAAUGAAAAUCUUCCCAUUCCAGUAAAGUCGGGUCUUUGUUAUAUAUUUUUGUUUGCAGUCUGCUUUUUUAAUUAUCUUAAAUUGGUAGUUAGGGGUAUUGCAGGCACCAAAAAACAAAAUUACGCAUACAGCUUUGCCAUGAAAACAUAUCUGCAGGAUCUCCUACAGAUUAUGGAUCUGAACACUGUUUACUGCAUGACCAAUACUUUUUGGCUUAUCAGUUCAGCCACACUUUUUCUCAGAAAUCUUUGUCGUCAUUUUUUCUUUGUUUCUCUUUGUCUUUUCUAAUUGAUGCCUUAUUGUUGGUAGUAGUGCAACAGAAAUGCUGUAUGCAGUUGUUUGACAGCGUUAAACUGGAGGAUUUUUUUUUUUUUUAAUUUUUACAUUUUGUAUAUUUGUGUAGUGUCUUGUAUUGUGAACAGCUUUUAGUAUGUACAUUGUUUUAUAUUUGUAACUAACAUAACAGAAGAGCAUUUCAGGGUUUUUUUUUUCCAGAAUUUUUUUCUUGUUUAUCAACUCAUCAUUGGUUUCCUUAACUGUGCAAUUAUGAGCUCAGAAAUUAGUAACACUAUAUAAUACGGCCCACGAUUUAAAGGUGUCUUUCACCUGUAAUUAAAAGGAAUUUUAGUGUUUUUUAUUUGAAAUUACAAUAUAAUUCUAUUUACCUAAAAAUACUUAUAGUUGGAUCCAGAUAGCUUGGUAGGCUGGAAUAUGAGGGCAAUCAGUCAGAAUUUUACAAGAAACAAAGAAAUUGUUAAAUAAUUAAGUUUAGGCAGCGUGCAAUUUGACAAACAGUGAUUCCCCAUCGUACUUUUCAUGGUGGGGCCGUAUUAUAGAGUGGAUUAAUCUUGCCUUUUUACAUCCUUAUUUAAUAUUCAUUAUGUUGAUGUUGCAUGAUGGAUGUUCUAUUAUCCUUUUAUUUUACCAAAAUACAUGUGAUGAGAACUGUCCUCCCUUACCAACUUGCAAGAAAAAAUAAAUACCAUCAAUAAUUGCAGGCUUA